AUGAUUUACGUUUCGGACAAGGGACGCUCCGAAAAAAUCUUGGGCAGUCAAAAGGAGGCCCGAAGAUGCAACCACCUCAAACCAUCCAAGAGUCGUCGCAACGACAAGGAUGAUGAGGAGGAAAAAGAAAAAGACCGAGGAACGAAAAGGCCCAAGGGCUUAAGUGCCUCGGCUCAAGGAUCCCCAGUAAAGAAGACUUCUUUGGGGAAAGAAAAGGCUAGUUCUUCGUCUGAGCCAAAAGACUCAGGAAGUCAGCCAAAGUCUGGGAAGCCCACUGAUAUUGAUAGCAGGCCUGAAUCCGACGAAUCUAGUGCUAGAGCAAUGGAACUGGAUAAUCAGACAGAAUCAAUACCGUUGACCGAAGGAGAUGAUGAAAAAUGUGUUCAUCUCUAUAGCCUCAGACAAGGGAUUGCCUUUCUUCAAAGCGCUCAAACUCCCAAAAUCAAAAGAGCUCAUCUGGAAGACGAGCAAAAGCAAGCCUUUCAGCAACUCCGUGAGCACCUAGCUCACCUCCCAACACCGGCAAGCCCAACUGAUAGAGAAACGUUGUACUUAUACGUGGCAGUGUGUCCAGCCACUAUCAGCGCGGUGUUUCUAAGGGAAAAAGAGAAAAUUCAGCAGUCGAUCUAUUUUGUCAGCCAUACUCUGACAGAUGCUGAGACACGCCACCCCUUACUCGAAAAGGUUGCUUAUGCAGUGGUGAUCCGAGGAGAAUAUGAGGCCAAAGAGCCCUCAAUGGUUUCUUACCUCGCAAAGAUCAAAACUGUAAUCGUGAAGCUGAGAUCUUUUGAAGCGGAACUGAUCCCAAGAGGUCAUCAAGCCGACGCACUCUCCAAACUUGCAAGUUCAUCUCUAACCGAGCUGAACCGAUCUGUUUAUGUGGAGGUGCGCCGAGAAAGAAGUGUUGACCAAGAACCUGAGGUUCAUCAUCUUCAAAGGGGAGCUCCUGAAGAAAUCAUUCCCAGCCCCACUAUUGAAGUGCGUGGGUCCAACAGAUGCAGAUUACAUCCUUUGGGAAAUUCAUUUCGGCAUCUGCGGGAACCAUAUAGGGGGAAGAACUUUAGCCCUAAAGCACUAAGGGAAGGAUUCUAUUGGCCCACAAUGAUUCAAGAUGCUAAGGAACUGGUCAAAAAGUGUGAAAAAUGCCAAACAUUUGCACCAGUCAUCCGUCAGCCGUCCCGAGAUCUUCAGCCAAUCUUGAAUCCACUUCCAUUUGCUCAAUGGGGAUUGGACAUUUCGGGACCUUUUCCCGAUGCUCCAUACCAAGAAAGAUGGCUGAUAGUCGGCAUAGACUAUUUCAGCAAAUGGAUCGAAGCCGAAUCAUCUUCGAACAUUACAGAGCAAAUAGUCAGAGAGUUCAUCUGGCAAAACAUUAUCACUCGCUUCAGAAUUCCGAAGGUUUUGCUCUUUAAUCGUGGGAGGCAAUUUGAUAACUUGCCUCUAAAGCGGUACACAAAUCAUUUCGGCAUUAAAUUGGCGUAUUCUGCGGUUUGCCAUCCCCAGAGUAAUGGUCAAGCCGAAGCUGCAAAUAAACAGAUCCUUAACGCUCUCAAGAAGAGGGUUGAAGAUCAAAAUUCCAAGUGGAUAGAGGAACUCCCAGGGAUUCUCUAG